AUGUCAUUAGUUUCCUUGCCGUCGUGCCAGUCGGCGUUCGUCGAGAAGACCCUCACGACCCUUCUUCACCUCCGACGUCAAGUCAACGUGUCAAAGCGCAACCUGUUCGCACUCCGCAAGUCCACGGCCUGCCUGCAUGACGAACAUUCUUCGGCGGAUCGCUCAAAAGUCUCCAGCUUUUGCCCCUUCGCCGCGAACCGGCAUUGCGACAGGGCGUGGGUGCCUUCAAGGCCCCUUUCUUGGCGUGUCAACCCUUCGCGUCAAGGAACGAAGAUUUCGGUCAAUCAGCCAAUCUCUUCAAGCCAAUUGGGGUUACACGAUGGCCACAGGCCGAGAAUAGCGCGUGGUUUCUCGUUCCCAUCUUGCAGCUCCGGGAUCAGGAUCCUCUUGAAGAUGAGCCGGCUCCAUCAUCUCGGCGAGCCACCUCUCCGUGUCCCUCGAAACAACGUCGCCUGCUGUCAGCGCCGUAUAUUCGGUAAUGGCACGUCCGCGGCGGCCCCCCACUGCAAGGACCAUCCCAAGUUCGGUCCCAAGUCGGCGACAGGACUUACUCUCCUUCAAUCUUUGCGCAUUGCGUAG